AUGGUAAAAAAUGAAGAUGUUGUUUCAGGCACCUCUGAGACAAAAACUGAUACCAUUGUUAUGACAAUUUUGACUAGUCCGGCAAUAUUUAACUACAUUUUAAAGAAUAUAUCAGUUGACUAUGGUUGUGGUGAACUGCAGAUUGCUACAGAACUUUUGGCAGCUGCAUAUGAAAACCAUCAAAGGAUGUUAUGGGAGAUCAAGUGCUUUUUGCUGUUUGGUUCAUUUGUUCUUAUUUCACAUUUUAUUGCUUUGAAGUCAGUAAUAAUACUUUAG